GCUCGAUUCCGUAUUCGACCCAUGCAACGAAGACUAUUGUAACUCAAUUUUGGUUGAAUAAUGCAUUUGAAAAUUUUUCACAAAGAGUUCCCUGUACGAAAUGACAAUAUCUUUGGAACAAAUACUCCUUACACACUGAAAUUUCUGAUAUAUUAGAUAUAUUUAAAGGCUUUUGAGGGAUUUCACAAUUCAAACAUAACAAAAAAUACAUAUACUUAUGUAAAUACUUUGUAUAUUGACAUCAAUAAACUGAAUUGAAUUGAAUUGAACAUUUUUUGUUGCUAAAUCUUCUAGCUUACUAUAGUUUUCGUCGAAGCAAUUAAGGAAAAAAUAAUACUUACUCUAGACUUAAUAACAGUAAAUGACGUUAUCUUUGGAAGAAAUACGUCUUACAAAUUUAAAUUUCUGUUAUAUUAUGUAUAAAAGGUUUUAAGGGAUUUCACAGAUCAAACAUACAAAAAACAGAGUGUUUGCUAAAUUUUGUAGACUUACUAUAGUUUUCGUCGAAACAGUUACCGAAAAAAUCUGUUUAUUAAUGAUAUAGUUAAAAGUUUUCACCAUGGUGUGGUACUCCUAUUUGCUGAUGAUUUAAAGGUAUUUUCUGUAAUAAGGUCAAGUGAAGAUGCUGAAAAAUUACAAGACGGCUUGACUAAACUUCAAAGUUGGUGCAUCAAUAAUGGUAUGGAACUGAAUACAAGGUUUUCUCAGAAUGGAACGGCAAUCAUCAAAACUGAACUUGGAUGUCCUACAGAACAACAAAUAAACGCAAACACCGAAGAAACAACAUUAGAAAAUUAUACUGGGGUUUCUCAGAACGGCAUGGAAAUCAUCAAAAAUGAUCUUGGAUGUCCUUCAGAACAACAAAUAAACGCAAACACUGAAGAAACAACAUUAGAAAAUUAUAUUGGUAAAUGUAAAAUCUGUUCUAAGGAAUUUAACCAAGCAGGUUCUUUGCAACGACAUAUAAAAACGCAUACUAGAGAAAAGCUUUACAAGUGUAAAAUUUGUUUGAAGCAGUUUACUCAAGGAAACUCUUUGAAAAUUCAUUUGAGGUUGCACACUGGAGAAAAGCCUUACAAGUGUGAAAUGUGUUUUAAGCAGUUUGCUUGUCUUGGAAAUUUAAAAAAACAUGUUAGGUCCCACACUGGAGAAAAGCGAUUUAAGUGUGAAAUUUGUUUUAAGCAAUUUAGCGCAGCAAGUAAUUUGAAAGUACAUUCAAGAGUGCACACAGGUGAAAAACCUUAUAAGUGUGAAAUUUGUUUUAAGCAGUUUACUCAAGCAACUCAUUUGAAAAGUCAUUCGAUGGUGCACACUGGAGAAAAGCCUUACAAGUGUGGAAUAUGUUUUAAGCAGUUCACUCAUAAACAUUCUUUGGAUGCACAUACGAAAGCUCACACUGGGGAAAUUCCUUUCAAUUGUGAAAUUUGUUCUAAGCAGUUUAUUCGAGCAAGUAAAUUGAAAAUUCAUUUGAGGGUGCACACUGGAGAAAAGCCUUAUAAGUGUGAAAUUUGUUUUAAGCAAUUUAGUGAAGCAGGAAUUUUGAAAAAACAUUUAAGGAUACACACUGGAGAAAAACCUUACAAGUGUGAAAUUUGUUUUAAGCAGUUUACUCAAUCAUACGAUUUGAAAACUCAUUUAAGGGUGCACACUGGAGAAAAGCCUUUUAAGUGUGAAAUUUGUUUAAAGCAGUUUGCUCAACUCAAUCGUUUAAAAAAACAUAUUAGGUCCCACACUGGAGAAAAGCAAGUGUGAAAUUUGUUUUAAGCGAUUUAGUGAAUCAGGAGCGUUGAAAAAGCAUUUAAGGAUACACACUGGGGAUAAUCCUUACCAGUGUGAAAUUUGCUUUAAGCAGUUUACUCAAUCAUACGAUUUGAAUCCAGGAGGAAAAUAAACUUCCUGUAGCUGGCUGUAUACCAUAAAUCACAAAAAUACCAAGUUUCUUGUAAAAGGUAUAUAUUAAAAUACCCUAAAUAAGGGUCACAAUACAAAACGUUUUCGGAUUAAGGAAUCCAUCAUCAGUGUUUAAAAGCCCUAAAAUUAAGUAUAACCUAAUUAAAUGAGAUAAAAGUUAAAAUUGACAGAGGUUUUCAAGAACAAGAGGUCAUACUUACAAAAUUUGCAUGCCUGAGCCACCAAAAUGUAUCGGGUAAAAACCCUUUAAAUGUAAAUAAUAAGGAUGUUUUACAUAUUUAUAUAAAAUUCAUUGGAUGGUAUAGAUAAACCUGGAUGUUCCAAUGUUAAAAGUUCCAACCACGUGGGGAGAGUCCUGUGUUGCCCUGGGUAACAUCCAGGUUUAUCUAUACCAUCCAAUGAAUUUUAUAUAAAUAUGUAAAACAUCCUUAUUAUUUACAUUUAAAGGGUUUUUACCCGAUACAUUUUGGUGGCUCAGGCAUGCAAAUUUUGUAAGUAUGACCUCUUGUUCUUGAAAACCUCUGUCAAUUUUAACUUUUAUCUCAUUUAAUUAGGUUAUACUUAAUUUUAGUGCUUUUAAACACUGAUGAUGGAUUCCUUAAUCCGAAAACGUUUUGUAUUGUGACCCUUAUUUAGGGUAUUUUAAUAUAUACCUUUUACAGGAAACUUGGUAUUUUUACGAUUUGAAAACUCAUUUGAGGGUGCACACUGGAGAAAAGCCUUAUAAGUGUGACAUUUGUUUUAAGCAAUAUACAGAAAUAAGAUAUUUGAAAACUCAUUUGAGAAUACACACUGCAGAAAAAGUUAAUUCUGUCUAAUACUAUGGAAUUAAGUAGUUUUAAAAGGUGUUUAAACAUUUAUUACUGGAGAUCAAUCUUACAAGUGAGAAACUUGUUUUAAAGAAUUUUCCAAACUUUAAAUUUUGAUAAACUAUAAUGUAAUAAAAAUCAAGUUUUGGUUAUCCAUAAUGGAUAAUUUAACGAUGUGGAGAAACUUUUUUAAGUGAAAAAAAGUGUAUCAAGUAAUAAAAAAUAUAAAUAUAAUGUAAGUUAGAAAGUAAUAUUUGUAAACUUGCAUUACUAAUAAAUAUAGUUGUUCCAUUUUAUCAUUUCUCGUUCGUCACGAUUCAUUUUUAAACAAGUUAAAUCAAAACAUAAAAUGAAACGUACGUCGAUGUGUAGUAUCAAUGAUACGUAAGUAUACUAUCGGUGGUAAUAAUUAAGAAAUGGCUAUUAUCCCGUGGACGUAUUUUAUAAAUUUAUUGUAUUGAAAUGUUUAAUAUUUUUUCACUAUUGAGGAGAUUAUUACACAGCUUGAACAUCAUUUUUAAAAUUGUUAAUAAAUUAUUGCUUUCAAAA